AUUGUAUUUAUUUGAUUCGCCUGAAGUUGAUCUUUGGUACUUGGUGCUAUAGCGGCUUCGACUACCCUCUCUGUUACAUUCACUACAGCCUUGGAAAACUAGCUUGUUGUUGUUGUUGUGAUAAUUUUUAUUUAAACCUGAAUGAUUACAACUCGCAGGUGGUUUACACAACUUCUUAGGAGACCAAAGAACCAUAAAAGUCGAUGAUUUUACCUAAAAGUUAGUCGAGUUCCAGUCUAGUCCAUGAAAUGUGUAUGAAAUGAAGUUAUAAGAUAUUUUCUACCGUUCCAAGAUACUUUUUUUUCUGCUGGUUUUGUUGAUGUUUUCCAGUCUUCUUUCAUCUAGUAAAAAUUCAAAAGUGUUACUUGUGCGCUCUUCUCGAGGUUAAGUGGAGGAGUAUUGGGUUUUGUGUGAAUAUUUGCUGUCCAUAGUUCAGAAGUGCUUUUUGCCGCAUCAGCUGGGCAAGUGUAUGGAGGAGAAUUACGAUACUGGAAAAGCUAAGCGCAAUCGUGGGAAAAUUGCUGUCGUUUCGUCAUACGAGACAAUAAAUGUCUCUAGGUCAAAAUGGACAUAAACGACUAUCGUUCGGAUAAAAAAAACGUGCAUCUAGUAAUCAAGAGCAUGGAAUUGCUUUAGGUCGAUAUAUAGUUUCGCGGGAAAAUUUUAUUAAGUUUUUGUUUUAGAAAAAAAAAAAAUGCGUUGUGUUUGAUAUUGCCGAGUGUUAUUAUGUAGAGAGUUGCCGAAGAGUACACCAUUCUCUGUCGUUACUAUAUCAGGAUUCAAGGAUUGCAUGCAAUAAACCUAAUGAAUGACCAUUUUCCUUGACAUUAUAUUUACAGUGCGCUGUGAUGAAGCAAAUGAAAUUGAUACAAAUUAAUACCGUAUUAUUUGAGAUAAAUACAUGCAAGAUAUUUACGAUUGAUGAAGUAUGAUCCCAACUAUAAAAAAUCGAAAAGAAUACAUAUAUUUUCGAAUAAAUAAUCACAAAAUAACAGUUUAUUUCUUGAGAAAAGAAUUCUCACUAUGGAAGAUCAACAACAGGAUACAUUGAACACCAAUCACCAGCAGGAAGAAAUUAAGGAAAAACAUGACAUUCUACUAAAUACAUUUUUAAUUAGUAAUAAAAAAUUUCGAGUUCUCCUCCAUCAUGGAAGUCUGGUAUGGGAGAAAGAGAAUUCAAAAAAUGGAAAAACGACAGUGCCUUUGAUUGACAUUUUGGCCGUGCGAUUGGCUAGUAGCAGUAAUAGAAAUAAAUCUAAUAAUAUUAGUAGUAGUAGAAUAAGUAUUAAUCCAUCAGUAUCGUCAUUGCCGACAUCUGCAGUGCCAUCGACAUCAUCUGAUACAUUUGAUUCGAGUAAAAACUAUCUUUAUAUUUACUAUGCUAAACGUGAUAGUAAUUGUCAACGAGAUCAUAAUCGUUGGCGUAAACAUACUUUGAAAUUAUACAACACAGAUUACCGAAUCAUACAAACUUGGCACAACACACUUGCUGAUUGGCUUGAUCAACAGAAGCGUCCUAAAAAUAUUUUGAUGUUUGUAAACCCAUAUGGCGGGAAGCGUCAAGCAUUGAAAAUUUUUGAGAAGUACUCAAAACCGCUUUUUCAAUUAGCUGGUGUUGAAAUAAGCUGUUUAAUUUCACAACGAGGAAAUCAAAUUCAUGAUAUUUUACAAAAUAACCCGGCAUUAUAUCAGUACGAUGCAAUUUGUUGUGUGGGAGGUGAUGGUACAUUUGCUGAGGUUUUUAAUGGAUUAAUGCAAAGAACGCUGAGAGAUUUAAGUUUGGACCCACAGCGGCCAACAUAUUUGCCAAAAUUACGAAUACCUAUCGGUGUGAUUCCGGCUGGAAGUACAGAUACUGUAGCUUACUGUUUGCAUGGAACCACUGAUGUUAAGACUGCAGUUAUUCAUAUCAUACUGGGACAGAAACGGGGGUUGGAUUUGUCAAGUGUUUGCAACCAUAUUGGGUUGAUUCGGUUAUAUGCAAGCUUAAUUUGCUAUGGCUAUUUAGGAGAUAUUGCAUUGGAUAGUGAACAGUAUCGUUGGAUGGGACCACAUCGUUAUGAUUAUUCCGGUUUUAAAAAAUUCAUUGCCAAUCGUGGAUAUGAAAUUGAACUAGCUUUUCCGGAAUCGGAAAGUACUAAAACUCAAGUUGACAACCUUAAAACAAAUUCCACAUGUAACAUUGGUUGUGACCGAUGUCUCAAUCAAAGUGAACCGGAUAAAUGUGAACAAAGUCACAUUAUUGACUAUUCGAUUUUAUCGUCAAAUUUGUCGUCAGCAGUUACCCCAGGAACACUAGAAUCUGGAACAAAAGACCACCAAAAUUGGAAGACAGUUCGUGGAAAGUAUUUUAUGGUGGCUGGAGCAAACAUCUCGUGCGCAUCGUCACGCUCACCGAAUGGCCUGGCACCAUUUUGCCAUUUAGGCGAUGGACAUAUAGAAAUUAUCGUGAUACGGCACACUUCCAUGUUCAACUUACUACGAUUGCUGAUUCGUCUGAAUCGAGAAAAUCCACAACUUGAUAUGCUUCCCUUUGUGGAAAUCUAUCGGGCGAAAAAAUUUCUGGUUCGAUCAAAUAAAACAGCAAACAAUUCUGCCUCUUCAUCUGACCUAACUAUGGGUGGAUCUCGUCAACCAAUAAGUAGUAGUCUGAGCAAGGGUGCUGAAAGGACAAGUCAGUGGAACUGCGACGGAGAACUGGUUUUCGAUACUGAUGUCUUAAUAAGCUCACAUCGUCAAUUGGUGGAUGUCUUUAUGCGAGGGUCAUACCCUCCAUCGGAAGAGAAAAAAUCUUCUUGCUGCGGGCUUUGUGGUGUUUAAGAGCUAUGAACAACAAUCUAUGAUUAAACAACCCCAAAAGAUCGGAGUUCGUUGAUUUCCUUUCUUUUGUUGUCGUUUUUCGAGUAGUACCAAUACUAAUUGUGCUCAAUUUAAGGAUUACGUUUUCUACAUGUUUGGGAUUUCACUUCAUUCAUUCUUUUAUUAAAUAACAAUACGAAUAAAUCUUGCCUAAAGAAAACAACUUUGAUAUGAUGAUGUGCACUAUUAGUAUCUUAUCGUAAGAAAAAUAAAUUAAUUCAGGGGUUGAUUGCUUAGAAUAAAAGGAGUUUUAGCUAUGUACUUUGUAAUACUUACCAAGUUUCUUUCUGUUUAAAAUAUGUUUACUUUAAGUUUUAAUAUAAUUAGGAAAUAGGCAUACACGAGCGGAACCAAUCAACUGUGAGAAAGAGAUUCAAUCGAAUCAAUUCCAAAUACCUGUAAAUUGAUAAAGGAGUAGGAGUAGAGUUUGCGAGAGGAAGACUUUUUUUUUGCAUCUACAAGGCGAUAUGGUUUUUCGUUUUUAGUAAAUAUCGGUUCAACUUUUUUCUAUCGCAAUAAAUAUUAUUGUUAGUUUCCGUUUUUAAAAGUUUUUAAGGGGAGGUAGGCUGUGAGUGCUAUGCAAUUCUGUAUUGUCGAGUUAGCUAUAAUAUCUUGCUCGAGCGGUGAUAAUUAAUUGUUGUAGACUAUUUUCUAUUGUAAUGAAAGGGAGGCAAAAAUUGUUGAAAAUAAUAUAUUUCAAAAAUAAAAUUCCAAAAAAGACAAACGCAAA